CAACAACAACAACAACAACAACAAGGUUCAUUACACUUGGUAAUUCGAGCGUCACUUGGCUGGUUGGCUUUGUGCCGUUGUUCCUCUUUGGAAGACGCAGGGUUACUGGAAAUCAUCUGGCAUGGAAACGGGAGUCUGCGCUGCUUCUAUUUGAUAUGAUUUGUUACUUUGUCUUGCUGGGUGUCUUGGGGUUGCGGGAAAGCGGGAAAGCGGCAGGAGCUCGCAGUUGCUUACGUGCCUACCUGAGAUUCUACUUGAUACCCGAAAGCGACGUUGAUGUUUUCCCUUCAGUUAGGACCAAUUCAUAUUCCGUUUCCAUCUAUCAUGUCCGAUUGUGUUUGUCUCCAGUCAGACUGAAGACUAUCAGAUGUACAUCUAGUAGUGUCCAUGGUUCAGCUUUGAUCUGAUAUUUUUCUUCCUUGGGAUACUUGGACGGUUAGCAAGAAAGGGUGGCGUUAGAUGCUUCGGGGAAUGGCUCUCUACAGGGUCAAUAUAUCAAUGAUGUUUCUGUCCUUUGAUCUUGAUGAAGCACUAUGGCUAGGCUGCGUGAGAAGAUUACAAUCAUAGCUCGUGAACAUCUCUUUGUCUGUACAAGUAAACCCC